CUGGCAUCUGGCUGUCUGGUCGGUGCAUUUGUUUUUUGAACACACUGUGCUUGGUGGGUUGUGCAGUUGCCACAUUGUACACUACGCUACAAAUUGUACACGUUCACAGUUCCUAGAGAUUUGCACGCGUUCGGAAUGUCUAUGCAGUGUUUAAUGAUUGAAGCUCUUUAGUAACACAUUGUAAUUGAACCAAGAAGUUUCCAAUAAACACAACAGAUCGAGGGCUUUAUUGACAAUUCACAGGGCAGUGUCACUUCACUAAUGCCCCCCUACUAGACAACUGACCACCAACAGCCAACCGAGAUGUACAACGGCGUUGGUUUGACGACGGCCCGUGGCAGCGGAACCAAUGGCUUCGUCCAGCGGAACUUUGCCGUGGUCCGAAACCACGCAGAGAAGGUUGACUACAAGAGUCCGGAGGAAAUUGCGAAACAGGAAGCAGCGUUGCUUCGGCGACCCAACCAAGAGAUUCUGGCCCAUGAGCGUAAGAGACAGGUGGAACUGAAGUGUGUGGAGAUGAAAGAGAUCAUGGAAGAGCAAGGGUACUCCGAAGAAGAGAUCACUCGUAAGGUGGAAGCAUUUCGCAAGAUGCUGAUGAGUAAAGAAGGUGUAAACGAUGAUGACAUGCCACCUGCGAAAAAUUUAACCGAGACGCAUCAACUCGCCGAGGCCAAGGAAAAACAGAAUGCCAAACUGAGGGAGGCCUUUGGGAUCGGCGAGAACUACGUUGACGGCAGCUCUUUUGAUGCGGAGCGCAAGGCGAGGGAGGCGGAAGCACGAGCGAUGCAGGCCAAGAAAUACGAGAUCUUGCGAGAGCCGAGUACUUCACCGCCACCGACCAAGCACAAGAGAAAGAAGUCUAGCCGCCAUCGCAGUCGCAAAAAACGGAAAAAUGGAGACAUGGACAGAUCAGAGAGUACAUCCCCCGUGCGCAAGGACAAGAAGAAGAAAUCACACAAGAGAAAGAGAGACAGCCUGAGCAGGCUAAUAUCCCAAAGAUCAGGGAAAAAGAGUAAAAAACACAGGUCCAGUAGUCGCUCCAAGCGCAAACAUAAGAAGCAUCAUAGUAAAAAGUCCCAAGACAACGGUGAUAAGAAAAGUCAUCACCAUCGGCACCACAGUUACAGUGAUUCUCCUUCAGACUAUAGCUCUGGGGGCAGUUCUUACUCCGAUUAUGACAGUGACAGUUCUCGCAGCCCUUCUCCGAGGCGUUCCCGCAAGUCCCGCUCCACCUCGCGCAAGAGGAACCGGCACGCCUCCUCCAGCCCUUCCCGCAAUAGCAGACGGAGGUCAAGAUCCUCAUCCCCGAGGUCAAAAGAUGACAAGAGGUCACCUAGGGAUUCUGAUAGGUCCCAACGAAGAAGAGAUACAAGGUCUCCGUCACCUAGUAGGAGAGAUCGUAGGUCAAAAUACUCUCGCAGCCCAUCCCCGCGAAGACGGUCCAGAAGCCGCUCAAGGUCAAGAUCCCGAACCCCAAUAUCUCGUAGACGAUCUCCCUCUCCCAGACACUCUCCCUCACCGAACCACACCAUCAAGAGCCCCUCAAUAUCUGAGAAAAGAAAAGACUUCUCACCGAUCCGCAAACGACGGAACUCUCCGAGUUUUCUGGAUCGUCGGAGAAUAACAAGCGCCCGGAAGCUACCCAUUCCCUACCAUCGCCCAGAGCCUACUAGCCCCUCAACCAGCGAGAGCUCCUACUUCUCUUAUGACAGCCACCACAGCUACAGUCACUCUCCCUCCAGGUCCCCUUCACGAUCCCCUAGAGGGUCCAGAUCCCGGUCAAGGUCCCGCAGUCAAAGCCAGAGCUACUACAGUAGAAGUAGUUAUGAACGGUGACACCUGGCUAGACUCGAGGAACCAAUUUCAUAGAGUUGCUUUCAACAAGAAUUGUUUGUUGCUAAGUACAGACAAUCUGUGUGAGCAGAAGCACUGGGAACCAGCCAACAUGCCAUGUUGUGUACUUACCAAGCAAGUGAGUACUAGUGCCCUCUAUAGUUUUCCCAGGAGAGGCUAUGUUAGCAGUUAAUUAUGGGGGGGGGGAAGUUACAAUGUUUGCCCUCAGGCCCGCCCAACACCUGAUCCCAAGUGAAUUCUAAGUUUGCAAAGCAGCAAGAUCGUUUUUCUGGUGAAUGAUUUUUACGUUCAUUUUGGCCAUUUUAAGCUUCAAAACUACUGCUGAGUGGGAAAAUGACCUUUGGGAAAAUGACCUUUUCUGGGGGCGACUGUAGAAGGCGCACCUGCUCACCCAUAUUGACAGUUCCUGCUGACAAGCAGCUCUAUGAAAUUGGAUCCAUGUUUUCAUAUCUUUGAUAAAAGAAGCUUGUCAUUGAUUUGUUUGAAAUUCUAAGGUUUUCAAGAUUCCUUGUUUUGUACAGCUUUUUGAGUUUGGUCUUUCAUGUCCACGAUAAACUUCUUUUGUUAGGGGUAGCUCUCUUUUUACUCUCUCAUAUUUCACCAAAAUAUGGUUAAAUUUAUUAAACCACUGCAAGUUAACUUUUUUUUCACCCAGAAUGUUUGUGAGAAACUGAUUGAAGGGUUGCCUUUGUAAGGUUUGCAAACAAAAUUUAUUUGAAAAUCUGAACUUAAAAUAAUUUCGAGCAGCUGGUUUAAUAUUCUUGCCCAAUGAUUUAUUAUUAUUAUAUUGAAAAAUGAGAGCGGAACUAUAUUUACUGUGGCUUUUUCCUAAAAUCAUCCCCUGCUUUAAUUUGGCAGCUGUAUGUACAGAGCUUUUCAACAAAAAUAUUGUUGUGCUUUUAAUAAAUUAAGCGAAUUUUCUAAAAUUCAGUUUUUCCUUAAAGGAACUUGGAUCUUUUUAUUUUUGGAAAAAGCCACAUUUUGACCGGGAUCUGUGCAAGAAAAAUAAACCUGAAAUAAUAAUUCAGGAUAAGUUAUGCCAAUAUGCAGUGUUAUAUAAUCUUUUCAAAAGUCUUUAUUUAUUGACCAAAUCGGAUUUGAUGUUUACAUUCCUUUUAUGAAAAGCUGUCACUGCCAAAAUGUUUAUCAGGACUUCUAAAAUGGAAGGUUGUGAGUAGUUGUCCAUGUGUGGGGAAGGGAAAUAAACCAACAUGUUCUUCUUUAAGAGUGACCAAAACUAUGGUUUUGCUUCAUCAAACAAAUGCAAACAUUUGAUAGAAUGUGAAGUCAUUUACCUGCAAAUUAAUAGUGUACUUGAGUUAAAACACUGAUAUUCUUUGAUUUUAAGGAAUAUUUUAACAUCAACAUAAGUGGAAGAGUAAAAUAUGUUGUUCUUUUUAACACCAUUUUCUUAAAGUUGUUAAUAAGUCAUAUUUUAAUGAAUUUUUUAUUGUUCAUUAAAUGUAUUGUAUUAAUUCAGAUUUUUUGUUCAUUACUUAUUGUAUU